GUAGAGGCUUUUAUCAUAUGUCUUGAAAGAUUUAACUUUGUUGUUAAACUAUAAUGACAGCAGAAUUUAAUUUUCUACUCUACACAAAGUUUUAUUUGUAAUAGAUCUAUGUAUGGAAAGUGGCAUUAAAGAAAUAAAGAGAAAUAAUAGGUAAUUGCCCUUAUCACAGUAUAAAGAAGAGUACCAACACAUGCCUUCUGUUUGCCAUGCUGAAUCCCUGCAAGUCACAUGCAGCUGGAAGCUUCCAAUCAGCUUGUCACUGGCUUUAAAUAACCUUGACAGAGUUAAGUUACCUGGGGAUACAUGAUUAUGGAUAUGAAAGCUGCCAUUCUACGUUGGACAAGCAACAACAAAGAAGAUAAGACAGGCAAACAACAUCAGUGCAUGAGUGCAAAAAGAUGGAAUAAUAUUAGGCAAGAUGGUACAAUUACCAUGUCUUUAAGGAUUUCAAAAGAUGCUGAGAGUAUGAUGCAGGUGGAGAGUUACAACAGGACGCCCUCUCCUGCCACAAUAAGCAGGAGAAAGAGAGGACCAAGAGGGAGCUUGUUUGGUAAAACUGGGUCUCUACCUCUAGGAGGGGUAAGGAUCUCCACAGCUUAUUCUGAUGGAUGCAACAGUCAAGAUGGGCAAGAGCCAGAAUCCAUUCGCAGCAGCCUGGUCCUGGACCCUGUAGAACAUGCAUGGAUGAUUAUGGCUGCAGAGGGCAAGUUUGACGAGUUGCAAGAGUCACUACAGCAGGAUCCAAGCCUCGUGUACAAAAAGGAUUUUGUAACUGGAUACUCCAUUCUCCAUUGGAUGGCCAAGCAUGGGAACCAUGAGGACCUGAUCAAGCUUAUGGACUUUGCAGGUGCUAGAGAAUACAAAAUUGAUAUUAAUGCCUGUGCUAGUGGGGGGCUUACACCACUCCAUAUAGCAGCUAUUCAGGGGCAUGGGAUGCUCAUCAAAGUGUUAGUUGGGGCAUACAGUGCAGAUAUCAAUGCCAGAGACCACAAUGGACGCAAAGCCUGGCAGUACCUGAAGCAUCAUACUCCAAGACCACUUUUAGAAUUAUUGGGAGCUCCAGAAGAAGAUGAGUCUGAUGCUUUAAUUGUAAUGAAUAUUAAUAACAAUUGUUUGCCUUCUGAUUGCCAGGGCAGGGUGCAGCAUCGCUAUGAUGAAAUGGAUUCUGCAUCCAAACUAACACUCACAGUAUCACCUCUCACAAACCUUUUCAGAAAUGCAUACAGCUUCUUUAAAAAAUGGUGACUAUCAAUUUUAAUGCAUACGGGGUAUGAGGCCUUUUUCCCCAGGCUUAUACUGACCGAUGCCAGGCCCGAUGCUAAAACAUCACUGAGGAGGUCAUAAGGUGACACAACGCUACAGGGCAACACAGCAGUGAGGCCAAAGGUUUGGAAAGAACAAGCAUGUGAGUGGUGGAAACUGCUUGAAUGACAACGUUAACGGCAUGUCAAGACUGGAGCUCUGUCGUGACAAAGAGGUAUCCCAUCCGCGAUCUGGUGGACUCUGGUAAGGUAACCGGAGGGGGGUACGUAAUAAGCUAAGAAUACUGCUCCUUGUCAAAGUAACCGCAGAACUAAGUAGCCCAUCCGCAAUUGAUGGACAUUAGCAAGAGAGCUGGUGAAGGGCGAAAAGCUGCAGGGAAGUGAGACAUUUAUACAGCGUGUACAGAGAAAGGCUUAAAUGCAAUAACCCGCCUUGGUGGUGGCCCAGAAAGGAAUAUCUGGGGGAACAGAGUACUGUUAUUUCUGGGGAACUCACAGAGAAUUUACAGCAAUAUUAACUUGAGAUGCAGGAACUGCUUAACUGUUUAAAUAUCGGCUAAAAAUAUAAAAGGGUUUGCCUCAGCAAUAUCAAUCCCAGACCCUGGAACUGUCUAACGGUCAAAACCCUGGCCAAAAAAGCCAAAAGGUCUUUCCCCACGAAACAACCUGCUACAUCAAUUAAGGGAAACACACUGCCUUGAGCUGACAGCUGCAUACAUAGACAGGGGCAAAUACUUCUUAAGAAGACCUCAUCUGUGCAUGAUGAACUUUAACCCUGGCAGUUUUAUCCAAAUAAGGCUACAUCCUAAGCUGGUUAAUUAUUUCUGUAUUGUUGCCAAAAAGAUCAAGUUAAAAUCUCUUUUUUUUCCUUUUUUUGCAAUGCUUUUUUUUAUUCUUUUUCCUCUGUUUUUUUUCUUUUUUUUUUGAAUGAUUAUGACUAUGGUUGGUUAAAUGCAAAGUAACAAAAGGGUUUUCUAAAAUCUAGUCACAGGCUGUAUACAUUCGACAUACCCUGCACCUCUAAUCUGAGGCAGUAAUACCAGAAGGGGGAAAUACCCCUCUUUCUAUUUAUAUGCGGGUUUACUUUAUUGUAACUAGAGUUACUAGUACAAAUUUUCUAAUAUAUAUAAUUUGCUAAAGGUCCCUCAUAGGAUAUUUUUAUUUAUUCCUUGUACCAACAGAGAAGGUCCGAGAGAUUGAAACCUAGGUUUACUAAGAUUGAAGUUAAAUUUAGAAUUGAGAUAUAACACCUAGAGAGUAUUUGUAGCAGGUACUGCGGGGUUAACAUUGGUAUGGGACCAUUUCAUUGAUCCUUAUGGUACGCAUAUAACAUCUUCCUCUUUGCAUACAUUUCUCUAAAGGUUCCUUGUAAGGUAUCUAUAUUUUCUGACACAGAAUAAAAAGGCCCGAGAAGAGUAAAACCUGGGUUUACUAGGGCUGGAAAUAGCUAUAGGUGUGAGAUAAAAUUACUCUGAUAAAAUCAUAUAGAGACAACUGAUUUGUAUGUGUAAAAGGGAAUGUUUAGGCAUGUAUAGUUAUUUAUAAGUAUAUAAGAUACAGGCUAAUACAUGUACUCAUAAUCUCUUCUUGUUCAAAGUUGCUAUAUAAGCACUUAUUUGCUCUGCUUUGUUUUUUUCCCCUAUUUAUCUUUCUUUAAAGUAAUACCAUACUGCAUUAAAAUUGCAGCAUAUGGAGAAAUUUAUAACUAAUUACAAGACACAAUCUCCAAAUAUGCCAGUCAAAGCUAGAGAUAAAAAAAACAGAACUAGUAUUGAUAAUGCAGGGAAUCUGCCUCUAACAUCCCCUAUAGUAGAGUCUACUAGUAUAGAGUCACAGGAUAUAGUCAAACAGAUCACAGAGCUUAUGCUACCUCAAUUCGAGCAAAUUAAAAUAGAUAUAAAUAAUCUGACCACAGAAAUUAAACAAUUUACAUUGAGACUUAAUGAAGCAGAACAACGCAUAUCCGAUCUAGAGGACGCUAAGAUAAUGCAAGAGCAUAUAAUGAAGGAACAGAAUACACAGAUAGAAAGCCUACAAUAUAAAUUAACUGAUUUAGAAGAUCGCUCGCGUCGUAACAAUGUAAGAAUCUUGGGUAUACCCGAAGCGAGCGAACCCCAAGACUUAAUACACCUGGUCUCACUGUUAAUACCCCAGAGACUUGGAAUAACACCUAACAUACUCCCAUUGAUAGUGGAAAGAGCACAUCGCCUAGGGCCAAUUAGGACCUUACCAGAUGGAACAGUUAAAGCAAGACCAAUUAUAGCCAGAUUUCUAAACUUUCAGGACAAGGUAAAAUUCAUGCAGUGUUACAGACAAAAAGCGCCAUUAAUUUUUGAAGGUAAAUCUAUCUUAAUGUUUCAGGAUUAUUCAUCUGAGACAUCACAAAAACGGAGAGAAGUAACCCCAAUAUGCACGAAGCUAAUACAGGCAGGGAUUAAAGCCACAGUCAUAUACCCAGCAAAGAUUAAGAUUUUAACAGAGGGAGAAAAUAAGACAUUUAACACUCUAGAGGAAGCUAAAGAAUUCGCAAAAUUGAAAAAUACCUAAUCACUUAAGAAUAUGUUAUUAUGGAGUGUUUAAUUUCCAUAUCUUUUGCACUGAAUCCGGCCAUGGAGACCGACACGGUCCAGUAUUAUUGUCUUUUUUAUUGUAUUGUGCUUGGUUUUUUUUUCCCUUUUCUUUUUUUUUUUUUUUUUCUCUCCCCUUUCUCUUUCUUUCUUCCUUUCUCUUCUUCUUCCCUUCCUCCCCGCCCCUCCUCCAUCAAUAUUCCCCCUCCUAUCUUGGAAAGGCUAUACUAUCAGAUAAUAUACCUAUGUAAAAAUGAAUAAUAAACUUAAUCUUGCCUCUUGGAAUGUGGGGGGGAUAACCUCGCCACAGAAACGUAAAAAGAUAUUAAAACAGUUAAAAAGAUUUAAAGUAGAUAUUGCUUUUCUUCAAGAAACGCAUUUGAAUAAAAUUGAGCUAGGCAAGCUUAAAACUGAUUGGGUAGGCAAAGUAGUGGGGACACCUUGCUCAAAUAGAAAAAAGGGGGUCGCAUUUCUGUUCCAUAAAAAAAUCCAAUUUAAAAUACUUAACACGGAAAUAGAUCAAGAUGAGAGAUAUCUCAUCAUGCUACUUGAAAUAGCAGGGACAAAAUUUACAUUUUGCAAUAUAUACGGCCCUAACAAAACAGAUAAUGCCUUCUGGGGAAAGUUACAAAGCAAACUACUACCCUACUUUACAGUAAACUUAAUUGUGGCAGGCGACUUAAAUAUAGUUAAAUACCCCACAUUAGAUAGAUUGAAGCCAUCACUAAACAAAAAUAGUAAACAAGAAGCUAAAAUAUUUAAGAACUUCUCUAAUCUACUACACCUUCAUGAUAUUUGGCAGAUUCAAAAUCCAGAUCUGAAAAAAUUCUCCUGUGAGUCACAUGCAUAUCGUACAUUGUCUAGGCUGGAUUAUUUCUUAGUAAGUGAUAAAAUGCUCCGACUAGAUUUGAAACCCGAAAUACAAGAAAUACUCAUUUCAGACCAUGCUAUUAUCACUCUGCAAAUUAAAAUACGCAACCCACAAGAAAUGAAUUUGGGCAGAUUGUUUUUCCCUAGGCAUCUUGUGGCUAAUGUACAAUUUAAGGCGUGGCUAAGGCUAAAAUGGAUAGAAUUCAAACAGAUCAAUGAAACAAGUGAAAUUAAAACAGAAUUACUUUGGGAGACCUUUAAGGCCGUGAUCAGGGGUGAAAUAAAAGCAUAUCUGGUAGUACAAAAGAGAAAGCAAAUGGCUAGGGAUCUGGAGCUUGCCUCACAGUUACGUAACGUGUUUAAUUCUUACAUUAGUGAUCCAUCUGAGGUUCUCUGGCUAUCAUAUCAAAAAGUUAAAAAAGAAAGGGAAUUAUUUCUGACACAAAAGGUGGCACAAGAUGAUCUUAGGAAGAGGUUUUUCUUUUAUAGACAUGGGGGUAAAGCAGGCAAAGCCCUAGCUAAUUUAACUAGAGCCAAAAAGAAAAAAGAGCCAAUUACAGCUAUUAAGACUCCAGAAACCCGUAUUACAAAUAACUCAGCAAUUCAAAGUUAUAUAUGCAAAUAUUUUAAGGAAGUCUACUCCGAGACAUUAGUCGACACACAAGCCAAAAGUGAGUUCUGGGGUAAAAUCGGGGUCCCAAGAUUAGAAAAAUCAAGUUUGGAUGAAUUAAACCUUCCUAUUACUUUACUUGAAGUAACUAAUGCAAUUAAAAAAUUGGCAUCUAAUAAAGCCGCUGGACCAGACCAGCUCCCUGCAGAACUCUACAAACUGCUAGCGGAGGACAUUGCACCUCUACUAGUCUCUUUAUUUAAUCAAUUCUUUAUCCAAAAUAAUUUACGUUCAAAAUAUUUUGCGGCUUCACUUAUUACCUUGAUUCUUAAAAAGAAUAAAAACCCAGAGGAAAUAGGCUCAUAUAGGCCGAUCUCACUAUUAAAUAGUGAUUACAAGCUCCUAAUGUCUAUAAUUGCACAAAGGUUUAAGCACGUUAUCGGAUCUCUUAUACAUAAAGAUCAGGUGGGCUUCAUGCCAGGCAGAAACUCAUCACGCAAUUUACGUAAACUACAGCUAAUACUUAAUAUAUAUCACAAACAAGUAAAAACGGAGUUAUAUACUACAGAUCUAGAUGCAGCAAUAGUAUCUAUUGAUGCAGAGAAGGCCUUCGACUCCAUAACCUGGGACCAUCUAUUUACUGCACUUAAAAAAUAUGGAGUCGAGGGCCCUUUCUUUCAAUUUAUACAAGUAAUAUACCAACUAUCGUCUGCUGCAGUUAUUAUCAAUGACACUAUUACAGAUUAUUUUCCUUUAUAUAAGGGCUCAAGGCAGGGCUGCCCAUUGUCUCCCUACUUAUUCAAUUUAGCGCUCGAACCCCUGGCUAUACAGCUUAGGAAAGAACUGGAAGGGAUCAAAAUAGGUAAAAGAAGGAUAACAACAUUGUUAUAUGCGGAUGACCUCUUGGUGAUGCUAUCCAAUACAAAAAAAAAUAUUCCUACUUUAAACCAAAUACUACAUGACUUUGGGGUAUUUUCGGGCUAUAAAGUAAACCUUACAAAAACAGAAAUUUACUGGCUCAAAAAAAAUAAGGACUCACUACAAAUUUCCCCCUUUAGAGAAACAAAAGACCAUUUUACUUAUCUGGGCAUUAAAUUGUCAAUUCAUUUUGAAGAUUGGUAUGACCUUAACUACCCACCAAUCUUUCUUAAAAUAAAACACUAUAUGGAAAAGUGGGCAAAAUUUAAGCUUACAUUAACAGGCAAAACUAAUUUAAUCAAAAUGCUCUUAUUCCCUAAACUAUUGUACCUAAUGCAAAAUCUGCCAAUAAUAAUCAAAAAAAAGGACCUGAUUAGGUUUAAACAGGAGUGUACACAAUUUCUCUGGGGGGGAAAAAGGAAGGCAAUCUCGUAUAAAAAACUUAUGUUGUUCAGAACAGAAGGAGGGUUAGGGCUACCUGAUAUAGAAAUAUACAACCUAGUCUGUAUUGGUAAGAUCGCCUUAGACUGGCUGACAGAAACUGAUUAUUACGCAGCCCUUCCAUUAGAAAGAGUCCUAGUAUACCCAUUCUCCCUCAAUGCUCUUCUGCACAUUCCCAGAGAUAAAAGACCUCAUAAAAUUAGGGACCUACCCGUCAUACAGAUGGUAAUUACUGCAUGGCAAAAAAUAUUACACAUUUUACACAUUGUCAGCUCUUUCUCUAAUCAUCUACCUAUAGUGGGAAACCCUAACUUCACGCCAGCAUUGGACACAAACAUAUUUAAGAUCUGGGCCCAAAAAGGGAUUACCAAUAUAGCUCAACUUAUAGAUAAAAAUACAUGGACUUGUAAGACCUUUGCUAAAAUAAAGGAAGAUUAUGAGAUAAACAACAAAGAAUUCUAUGCCUUCCUACAAAUUAGGCAUUACAUACAAGAAUUACUACAAAAUAAUCUGGCAAUAGAUGCAUGGGACCCAAUAGAACCUAUUUUGAAGCUCUUCAAGGCAGGUAGAUAUAGUAUUUCAACAAUAUAUAGAUUGAUUAUCUCUAAUAACGGUACCAGUAAUCUACAAAAACUAGCAGAAAUUUGGCUGACGCCGCCAGAAAGAAUCCAAGAAAGUUUUAGACUUAUAGAUAGAGCAACAGUCUCCUCCUCAUGGAGAGAGACACAUACCAAAUUUAUAAACAGAGCUUAUAUUACCCCACAAGUAAAGGCCAAAUGGGAUAAAUCUAUGACGCCAUGUCAGAAGUGUAAGAGUAAUAGCGCGGAUUUGCAGCAUUGUUUCUGGUAUUGUUAUAAAAUUAAAAGAUUUUGGUACAAGAUAGGUAACUGGAUUUCUAAAAUUAACCAAUGUAACUUUCAAAUAACAGAUAAGAAUGUCUUUUUUUUUAUUAAUCAAGAAGAGACAGAUAUUAAAAACAUCCGCCAACUGAAUAAUGUAAUUAUCACAGGAAGGCUUCUAAUUUUAAAAUACUGGAAAUCUAAAAAGGCUCCAAGCUUGAAAGAAUUCAAACAAAAGCUUCAAAACCAAAUCAUUUUAGAACAAAUUGAUACGUCUGUAAACUCAGAAGCCCAAGUUAAGAAUUUUUUCUAUAAAUGGAAGAGCGUAAUUACUAGCCUACCAGAAAAUAUGCAGAGACAGGUAACUGCACCCUUUAGAGGUACGAUAUACAUGGAACAAGCUAUAGAGAAUAAGGAAUAUCCUAUAUAGUU